AUGAGGAGUGCCUCGGACCCUCCCGGCCGGCGCACACGGCUGCUGCUGUUGCUGGUGCCGCUGUCGCUGCUGGUUUACCACCUGGCUCGCCGGGCGGGAGGCCAGCCUGCGCUCACUAGCUCCGCCGCCAACGGCGGCGGCGGUGGGAGCUGCCAAGGCGCCACAGCGGCGGCGGCGCCUGGCAUCGACUUUGCUUACGACCCUGUGGCACAUGAUGCCCGGCAGAAGGAAAAGCAUGCUAGUGCAGCCGUCGCCCCGCUGCGGCGGCCGGGCUUCAAGCCUGCCGCCAAUUCCAACCAGGCUUUGUACGACAGGAUGUGGACUGCGAGCAACCACAGCUACGCCCAGAACAGCUGCUGGGGCUGCCGCUUUGUGGCGGACGUCGUGGCAAAGGUUGAGUUCGACUCGGUGCUGGAUGCAGGCACAGGCAACAGCCAGGUCGUGCGCGCGAUGCGGCGGCGCGGCAAGGCCGCCUGGGGCAUAGAGCUGAGCCAGGCGGUGCUGGAGCGGGAUGCCGGGGACCUGCUGGAGGCGGGGCUGGUGGAGCAGUGCAGCCUCACCAACCUGCCGUACCAAGGCAAGAAGAAGAGCCCGGCUGCCAGGCUGGGAAGGAUCCUCCGGAGCGGGAUGCUGGGAGAUGGCAGGGCACAGACCCAGUGCACACCCCUGGAUGGCGGUGGUGGCGACAAGCAGUUCGAUCUGGUGUUUAGCGGCGACGUUCUGGAGCACAUACUCCCCGGCCAGGCGGACGAGGUGGCGGCGGAGCUAGUCAGGGUGGCCAGGCGCCACAUCGUCAUGAGCAUCAGCCUGAAAUCGCACGAGAAUGAGGCGCUGCACCCCACGCUGCGGCCGCGGACCUGGUGGGAGGCGCUGUUCGCGCGGCACGGCGCCGCGCCCAACCGCGCGCUGGUGUGGGCGCUGCAGGGCAAGGAGACCGGGUUCAAGAGGGAGGAGGGCGAGCUCAGCGACUGCAGGCAGGAAGGGGAUGCCGGGGAUGGCGGCGCGUAUGAGGUCUGCGUGGUGAUGCAGCCGUGGCUGGUGGGGACGCCCGGCCAGGAGCUGCGGGAGCGAGGCCGCUGCAUGACCCCCGCCACGGGAGAGCUGGAGCCUUGGAUGUUUGCCUUUACUGUUUCGUGA